AUGAAGGCCAUAAUAGCCGUCCCAGCGACUCUCGCCCUAGUCUACCGCGCCUACACACGCAAUUCGCUAACAUUUCCCGGCAUCCUCGUCGCCGUCGCUACCGCCGCAGCCCAUGCAGUCCACCCAUGGAGCGUCUUCUUCGCGCUCCUCUGCGUGUUCUUCCUCGCCGGCACAGCCGUGACAAAAGUCAAGCACGAAGUCAAAGCCCGCCUAACCCACUCCUCAACCGGCUCGCCCGGCGGCGAAGGUCCCCGAAACCACAUCCAAGUCCUCGCGAACUCGCUCGUAGCUUCCAUUCUCAUACUCCUCCACGCAUGGCAACUGCACCAUGAGGACAGCAGCAGUGAGCAAUGCUGGCCCUACGGCGGCUCUGUGCUCGUCGUGGGGAUAAUCGCCAAUUACGCAGCCGUAGCAGCCGACACCUUCUCCUCCGAACUCGGCAUCCUCUCCUCCUCGCGCCCUCGCCUCAUCACCGCACCCUGGCGGUCCGUCCCCCCCGGCACAAACGGCGGCGUCACGCCCACAGGCCUCCUAGCCGGUGCCGCUGGCGCCCUCGUAAUCGCGCUUACCGCCGCGACACUCCUCCCCUUCUGCGCGUCCACCUACUCCCGUACGAAGCUCUUCGAGGCAGGCGUCUCUGCGGACGCGGGCUGGAGCUUAGAGUCCAAGGCUGCCUUCGUGGCGGCUGUCACAUCGAUAGGCCUGUGUGGAUCUUUGUUGGACAGUUUCUUGGGCGCGACGCUUCAGGCAAGUGUCCUGGAUGUAAGGACGGGGAAGGUGGUUGAGGGGGCUGGGGGCGGGAAAGUGCCAGUGCAUAGCCAGGGCUCGUUUCACAUGAAGCAGCGGGCGAAGGUGCGAGGGGCUGUGUCUAGGAGAUCUGAAGGGGCGGGCGCUGUUGCUAAGACGUCGGCUGUGGAGAAGGAGGAUCCGGCCGUGAGGGCAAGGACGGCGGAGAGGGCAGGGGGGAUUGUUGCUGGGGCUGGGGUGGACGGGGACGAGAGCCAUGAGAGUAGGAGGGUGGUAGUUGGGAGGGAUGUGUUGAGUAACAAUGGGGUUAACUUCGCUAUGGCGGGGUUGAUGAGCCUGGGUGCUAUGGUCGGAGCGUGUGUAGUAUGGGGUGUGCCGCUCAGCAGUAUACUGUCCUAG